UCGACCCGCAUCCUCGCCAUAUUUUCAGCCCUGCAGGACUGUGUACCCUAAAGUUUCCAAGAAAAGCUUCGCGAGACUACAGAAAGUUUACACUGUUUGUUUCAGAUUUAAAAUUGACGUCGGUGUAAUCUUUUUCUAGCUUUGUUUGCUUAUUCAUCUGCUGCAAUGAAUAUCUUCAGACUUACAGGAGACCUUUCCCAUCUAGCUGCUAUCAUCAUCCUGCUUCUCAAAAUAUGGAAAAGCAGGUCGUGUGCAGGUAUCUCUGGAAAGAGCCAAAUUCUGUUUGCUAUUGUGUUCACCACACGCUACCUGGAUCUGCUCACCUCCUUCAUCUCGCUGUAUAACACAUGCAUGAAGAUGAUCUACAUCGGCUGUGCGUAUGCAACAGUCUACCUGAUCUACUCGAAGUUUAGAGCCACCUAUGAUGGCAACCACGAUAGCUUCAGAGUGGAGUUCCUGGUUGUUCCUGUUGGCGGCCUUGCUGUUCUCAUCAAUCACGACUUCUCCAUCCUAGAGAUCCUGUGGACAUUCUCCAUCUACUUGGAGUCAGUGGCAAUCCUGCCACAGCUCUUUAUGAUCAGCAAGACCGGCGAGGCAGAGACAAUCACCACCCACUAUCUGUUCUCCCUGGGCCUGUAUCGGGCCCUCUAUCUCUUCAACUGGAUCUGGCGUUACUACUUUGAGGGCUUUUUUGACCUGAUCGCCAUUGUGGCCGGUGUGGUCCAGACUGUCCUCUACUGUGACUUCUUCUACCUUUAUGUCACCAAAGUGUUGAAAGGCAAGAAGCUGAGCCUGCCAGCGUAACAGCAGACAGAUGGAGAUGGCGACUCCCAGCAGACUCAGGGAGGUGCAGAGAUAAAUUUGUGGAAUCUUUGACCUAAAGCAGUGGAUGUCUGAGACAGAGAGCCAACUAUAGAGGGGGAUAAAAACACUAGUCUUCUUGAUGAUUACUGAUGGAACUGGUAAAUGCCAACCAACACCAGAGCUGAACAAAGAUCAUCCCAGAUCAUGUUGGAUUUCACCGUUCAGCAUCUUGCCUUAACAUUGUUUUCAUCCAUGUUCACAGUAGGAGAUUUUUUUUUCUUUUUCUUUUUUAAACAUGAGGUGCAUACGCUUAUUUUUUUAGUUUUUAUUUUCUUUAUGUUACAAAUCGGGUUGACUGAGGAUCACCUUGUUUGACUUGGUAAAACAAACAAACAAAAAAAAAAAAGCACAAAAUGUAAAGUCUUAUUAAAGAAUGAGAUAAUUGUUAAUGUAUCUGUGUGCCUGAUGAGGAUUAUGUCCACUUUCUCACAGUAUUUCUUAUUUUCUCCAUCUGAUUUUUGCUUUAUUUGUCCGGGCAACUGUAUGUGUACCCCAACAGAAACAUUUAAAGAGGCCAACGUCACACCAACCUACUAAUGUUGCUUUCUUAUAAACAAAACUAAACAUUUUAACAGAUUAGUUUUGUUUACAAAUAUAAACUUUUUUUAAGAGGGUCUCAAGAAGAUCCUAAAUAUUUCACAAAUUAAAUUAUUUGAAUGGGAGCAGUCGUAUUGUUGCAUCAGUAUUUUCAAAUGGUGCUUGUCUGAAUUGCUUGUUUAUUCAUUUUGUUUCUGCUCACUGUAUUUUAGAAAAAAUAUCUCAAAGAAUAAUCUUAAACGGUAGCUUUCUCACAUUUUGGAUGUAGACGUUUUUUCGGCUGUUGUUGCACCUCAGUAACAAACUCAUGAACAUCUGCCGGUGGUGUCUUGUCACUGUAAAUCUAGUGUGAGCAUCUACACAUUUAAUCUCAUGUCAUCAUGUUGCUGAGUAACUGACUAGGUGUGAUGGUGUUUAGCGGGUGCAUUUCUGUUAAAUUGAAAAGCCUCUUUCUUAAAGGACUAUUUCACAUUUCUUUGUUUUUUCAUUUUUUUAUUUGCAUAUCACCUCCAUUAAAGAUUUUAUGAGAAUCA